CCAUUUAGUACUUAAAUUUAAGAUCACACAAUAAUUGAUAUCAAGGCACAAAUGACUCAUUCUGUUUUUGCUUCACACCCUUCCUAACACACUUUCUAUACAACAAGAAGAAACAUAUUCCUUCACAAACACCAUGGCUUAUUAUAAUUUCAUCUCUAUUGUUGUUGUUAUUAUUCUUUACACCUUGCUAUUUUCUUCUUCUUCUUCAUUUUCCUCAAAAACCAACCUUGGAACCAUCCAUGGAAGAUGCUAACACACUUGCUGGGGAUUGUGUUGUCAUAUCUUGCUGCUGCCAAUGCUUGGUUUUGCAAAUCAUCAUCUUUGUGUUGCUCAAGCUGCCUUACAAGUUGAUUCGAAAGACGAGAAAUUUUGCGAAAAAGAAGCUUCAACAGAGAAAGAGAUCAGAAGAGAAGGCAUUGAUGAACAUGGUUGGAAGAGAGCUGAUAAGAAAGUACAAAAAUGAAGUUGUGGGAAUUAUUGGAGAGUCCAUAAAGAUCCAAACUGAUCAUCAAAGUAGGUUAUCUUUUGAGGGAGGCUAUAAUAGUCAUUGUUGGGGUUGUAUGAAUGAAGUUGAGAAGGUAAUGGAAGAGUUGUCUAAUAAGGGAGAGUUUGGUUUUGGAAGCUUUUGGUGCAAGGAAGAAGAAUCUGAUGAAUUGAUCUUCCCAACAUUUUUGGAAAAGAAAGAGUUUGUAAAUUUUCACUUAAUUGAAAUGGCUGGUUCUUUAAAUUGUUCAUGAUCAUAGCUUUUGUUUUCUACUGUCAUUCUUUCUUUGAUAAUUAAUUUGAAUCAUCUUGAUCUGUU